ACCUCUGGCAACGGAYGGCGCUGAUGGAGGCAGACAGCUGACAGAAGGCGGACUGGAGGCGAAACCACUCCGCUCCACGCGCGUUCUGCAGCGGAGCCAGCCGAGCGUCAACAUGGACAACAUGGAGAACCUGUUCAACCCCAGUCUGGCAGCGGCUCUGAAGAAACUGGACCCAGAUGAUGGAGAGCAGAUCAUGGAGUACUUUAAAACCCACGCGCUGCUGAGCAGAGACAAAGCCUUGCUGCAGGCGUCGGUCAGAGAGCAGAAGAAGCUGCUGGUUGAAAACGGCAAACUGAAAAAGGACAUCGACCAGCUGAGGGGUCAGCUGCAGGACAAGCAGAGGAGACGCACCGCCAAAGCGUUGUUCUCUCAGGCUCCGCCCCCUCGUCGUGUAAGCCCCGCCCACUCCAACCCUGACCCCGCCUCCCCUGCAGGAGCAACAGCUGCUGUUCCUCCAAACUGCCCUCCUCCCUCCGUUUCCUCUGGUGAGAGCAGAGACCGAGCAGGCAGGCGGAGGAGAGGAGAGAGGAAAGCUCGUCCGGUCUCAGACCCGCUCUCUUUGGGGGCGGAGUCUCGCAUCGAUGCGUCACGUCUGGAUCUGCGUGUCGGAAGAAUCCUGAGCGUCCGGCGCCACCCGCUGGCGGAAGCCAUGAGUGUUCAGGAAGUGGAUGUGGGAGAAAACGCUCCGCGGACCGUCGUCAGCAAAMUGGGAGGACUGCAAGAUCUGGACCAGGUAGACCAGGGGUCCAAACUUUUUCCCCUGAAAGGCUCUCUUGGAGUGUUUCUAUGCAACGUGAAGGCCUCUAAAAUGAGGGGCGUGGCCUCGCGUGGCCGCCUCCUGUGUUGCUGCGCCUCUGACGUCAUCACCGAGCUGCUGGCGCCGCCAUCAGGCUCCGCCCCCGGAGACAGAAUCACCUUCUUGAGCUACCCUGGAGAGCCGGAUGGUGAACUUUCAUCCAAACAGAGGAUCUGGGAGCUUCUGCUGCCUGACCUGCAGGUGGACGGCAAAGGUGUGGCCAACUACAAAGGCUGUGGGUUCGAGGUGAAGGGGAAGGGGCUCUGCAGGGCUCCAUCUCUCACUAGCUGCGCCAUCAGAUAGAAAACUGCCCCCUUCUGGAUCAUUUGUGUACAAACACGUUUUCUGCUGCUGUUGUGGCUGCGAAUGAACCGACAGACCAAAGG